AUGUCAGACAAAGCGCUCUGGUCGAUGCAGCGGGCAGCCAGAUUAAAAGAGACCGAGCACAUGUUCCGUCAGAUCGAUGACCUCGAAGAAUUCCGGCGCUGGGUUGAGCGCGAUCCUGAAGCCUUCAAGAAGUCCAUCAAGACCUUGCGGGAGAUGUUGGAUGGGGAUCUAGACCCGCAGCCAGACACAUCGAGCGACAUGAGCCGCCUGCACGAUGACCAGAAUUGCAGAGCGCGACAAGUGAGUCUCGAAGACCAGCCUGAACCGCCUGGCUGCAACAUACGGGUUUGUGUGAAUUAUGUUGUUCGCCUUUGA